GGGUUUCCUCUCCAGCCAGCAAAAUUUCACCCAAAAGCAGACAACAGGAUCGUCCUGCGCUGACGCGGCUGGUCGGCAGGAAGCGGCUGGUGGCGGCAGGGGUCCUGGGGGUCGUUAUGGUUCUGGUUUUGGUCAUCCUCAUCCCGGUUCUGGUCAACUCAGCGGGGACUGCGGCGCACUACGAGAUGCUCGGCACCUGUAGGAUGGUGUGCGACCCGUACGGCACCAAAUCUCCCACCAGCACCGCCACGGCGGACACGGUCCGAGACAACAGCCUCGUGCAGUCUUUACCCACUUUUAUCCAAGGUCCGAAAGGGGAGCCGGGCCGUCCGGGCAAGGCGGGUCCGAGGGGACCUCCCGGUGAGCCGGGACCACCCGGUCCAGCGGGGCCACCUGGAGAGAGAGGUGAACCGGGCAGACCUGGUUUACCGGGACCUCCGGGACCCAGCGCAGCUGCCGGAGCAAUAAGCGCGGCCACCUACAGCACCGUGCCCAAGAUCGCCUUUUACGCAGGGCUGAAGAAGCAGCACGAGGGCUACGAGGUGCUCAAGUUCGACGACGUUGUGACCAACCUGGGAAACCACUACGAUCCGACCACCGGGAAGUUCACGUGCUCCAUCCCCGGGAUUUAUUUCUUCACUUACCACGUCCUGAUGCGCGGAGGCGACGGCACGAGCAUGUGGGCUGAUCUGUGCAAAAACAACCAGGUACGUGCCAGCGCCAUAGCCCAGGAUGCGGACCAGAACUAUGACUACGCCAGUAACAGCGCCGUGCUGCACCUGGAGCCAGGAGACGAGGUCUACAUCAAGCUCGACGGAGGCAAAGCUCACGGAGGCAACAACAACAAGUACAGCACCUUCUCUGGAUUCAUCAUCUACGCUGACUAGACAACAACACAUCCGUGCCCUCAGCUGUUACAGGCCUCAUGCCCAGACUUAUUCUUUAAAACAUGUGUGGACAAACCAGUAUAACUCAGCCCCCAUAACCUGCAGAUUAUUUAAGUUUCUGCAUUCUGACAACACCCCUGUCCUCAGUGCAACUUUGGACAAUAACAUCGAUGAAAUGGUUCAAGUGUCAAAGUGUGGGAUCAAACCCUGUCGUCCAUGUCAUGUCUUCAUACCAUUACGUCACACUUGAACUUACAGCUGAUGUCUUCAUGUUAACGUAGGCCUGUCACAGAGUGAUGAUGGUCGAAGGGAGAGCAAGUGUGUGCAUGUGUGGGGGGAGUUUCACUAAACACUGUAGCAUAGCCCACAUACAGCCGAUGAGGUGGUUUUAGGUACGUUAAGAGGAAUGAGUUACACUGAUAGACGCUACGGCUCAUUGGAUCGGUCAUCAACUUAUUAGGCCUGUCAACAAUUCAAACUGUCUAGAAAAGUGGAAAAGAUAGAAAUGUAGCAGCCAGUGAGUCGGUCUGAAAAUGAUCUGUGGGAUAAUUUUGUGCAAUAUCUAGUAUAAUAAAUUCUAUUUAUGGUGAUAA